AUGGAGUCGUCUUCCUCCUCCGCUGACUCGGAGUUUGAAAUAGACAACGCCUCCACGAACGAAAUGAUCUCUUCGAGUCUGUUGACGCAGCAGGUAGCGGAAGGAAUGUCAACGCUGCUUGAGUUCUUGGGCCACUGGGCUGCACGCACACAAACGGCUCUCACUCAUGUGAAUAGCCUGCUGGAGAUUCUGAAGCCCCUCCACCCCGAGCUCCCGUCGGACGCACGCACGCUGCUUGCUAGCGCAAGCAACUCUGCACCGUUUACGGCCAUGGGCAGUGGUGAGUGGUGUUCAUUUGGGCCUGAUAAGACAGCUGACUGACCGGUUACGUUACCCAUUUACGCAGUGAUAGUUUAUGUUUAUGUACAUGCGACUGAGCGACAGUCUACUGGUAUAAUUCGCAUAAUUUACCGCAAUAGAUGUUCCCUUUUGGAAGACUUUUGGACUCUUGCGCAGUUUACAGUAAGUGACCGAUCUCAUGAAGUGUUGGCUGAAAUUCUGAAAUUCGUUUUCGAUUAGGAAGGAUUACUUGGUCGCGGUUGUAAUACUGAUUAUCUUGCGGCAUACUCUUAUAACAUUUCGGACUCGGCAGGAUGUCGGCUUUUAAAUGCACUUCUUUUAAAUCUCCUGUAGAAAGCGUACUCGGUAAAAAAAUGACUACUUAUUCAGCAUGCAUUUUUCCCAUUGAUUUUCGAUGGUCUUGCAAGUUCAAAUAUAUCUUAUAGAAAGCAUAAACUAAAUAUGCUUUCUUUGAGUCAAUCAAUAGAGAAUCAUGUCUUCUUCAUAUUUUAUACUUAAGGAAGGAGUAUAAUUAGGUUUUAAAAAAGUUUUCUGAUUGCCGACUAAUUUGGAGCCUAAUCAUUCGUUGCAUUAACGCUUAGUGAUUUCACUCGACAAGGUGCAUGCGUUCCGCGUAAAGAAAAUCACACAUUUUUCUAUGCCGUUCAAGAGAUAUCAUACAGGGUCCAUAAAAUUUCGCAUUGGAAGCGGACCAUGUUGGACAUUUCAUGAGGAGCAGUGGUAAACGGCCAGGUACGACGCUAUGCGAAUGGACAUAUCGCGGUCUUAAAAAGUCUCAUAAUAAGCAACUUUUUUAAAACCUAAUUAUACUCCUUCCUUAAGUAUAAAAUAUUAAGAAGACGUGAUUCUCUAUUGAUUGACUAAAAGGAAGCAUAUUUUUGUUUGUGGUUUCUAUAAAAUAUAUUUGAAUUUGAAAGACCAUCAAAAGUCAAUGGGAAAAAUGCAUGCUGAAUAAGUAGUCAUUUUUUUACCGAGUACGCUUUCUACAGGAGAUUGAAAAGAAGUACAUUUAAAAGCCGACAUCCUGCCGAUCCGAAAUGUUAUAGGAGCGUGCCGCAAGAUAAUCAGUAUUACAACCGCGACCAAUUAAUCCUUUCUAAUCGAAAACGAAUUUCAGCCAACAUUUCAUGAGAUCGGUCACUCACUGUAAAUGCGACUGAACGACGGUCUACUGGUAUAAUUCGUAUAAUUUGCCUAUUUCAGCCUUACUCAAUGUGUCCGCGGACGUCAGCCAUUAUGAGGCCUGCACCGGCUGCUGUUCGCACACGCUCGGCCAAAAUGCUCUCGUCGCUGGUAGGUGCAGACAAUUAUUUAACCCUAUCUCAAGCCGCUAUUGCUGACAUAUGCAAUCGCCUCCGGGCCAUUGAAGCAGACAUCCAGCAGUUGCGUCUGAUGCGCAGAGGGCCGCCCGCGUUAGCGGUACCAACAUGCCCCCUCCCGUCACCCUUGGAACUCAUGUCCGACUUUGAUGCAUUCGAAGAACACCUUCUGAUAGGCGACUUUCGGCGGGCAACGGUAGUACUUCGGAUUUUCUUUACUUUCACCUUCAGAUGGCCUUCCUACAAACGCUGGGCGGCGAAACGGCCCGCGAUUUUGUCAAACGACAGAUGAAGUCCUUAUUUGCCAGUACCCUCCUACCGGGGUUCAACUUGAACGGGCGAUAUUCGAAACGGAAUUUCCGCCAUACGAAUACGUUCAAGAUGAUCCAAGGUGGGCACAAGUUAACGCUUACCCACUUCACUUCUAUUCAGAUGUAUACCGUAUGUGGAGCGCCGGCCGUCCCCACGGCCUUCUCGAUUUUGAGAAGGCGGUACGAAGCGUUCUGAAAUCGGCAGUGACCGCCGCCUCUGUGCGCCGCCUACGUCAGAAUUAUCCAGAAUAA